GUUUGUAACGUAUUCAGUAAAAAUAAAAAUAAAGGUUUAAAAAAAAAAAUAUAAAAAAGGAAAUAAAUAAGAGAAGUAAUGUACAAAUAACGUACGAAAUCUAUAUUCAAUAGUAUAAUUCAGUUUACAGAAAAUGUGGAAAAAAUUGCAGAAUUGAAAAAAAAAUCGAAAAUAGAGAAUCAACUACGAAAUGCUUAAACAUUUCUUUAUAAUUUUCCUUGAAAAGUAACCACCCUUUCCUCACAUUGGAACUUUUGCGUUAACUCCCCUAUUGGCUAUAUAUGAAGGCAUGAGAGGGGUUAUGCCACACUAGGGGUGUCGCGAACAACCCUUAGCUUUCAGCGCCAUCUGUUCCUUGGUUUUCACUGACAUGACAGUGACCGGCCACCCUCCGAGAUCCGUAUACAGUGUUUUAUGUCCGGACCUCUUGUUAAUUGAGGCACUUAAGUCCUCUGAAUUCGGUGUUUUGUGCCUUAAAUCUAGUGACAGGCGUAUGUUUUAAGUUUCAAAACUGACAGAUAAUGGACAGGACCCUUUAUGGAGAAAUGAUUGUUAAUUGGCGAUGACAAGCUUGAUUUUGGAGAACGCAGAUUUAAAUCGACUUUUUCCAAAAUGCCGGCCUAGAGGAGGGCCACCCCCGCUUUCAGGGGGUUCAACGCAAGCUGAUCAGCUGCAUGACCAUCCUUGUCACUCGGAGGUCAACUCCAUCAUUGACAUCUCAAGCGUUGCUACCAGCACCGCACCCUCCAAUUCCGCGGUAUCGGAAGACAUGAUCGACCUUGAAAGGGAAACUUCCGACAGGUGUAGGAAACGAGCCAAUGGUAGGAAAAAAUCAGGUUCGCUGUCCCGUAGGACAACGAGUAUGGUGCCUGGUUUCAUUGGUGAAGGACAACUUCCAACUACAACCAAGGCAUCGUCCUCGAGUUCAUCAUCUGCCUCUGGGCGUAGUGAAGAUGCUCCAAAUUACGGAAGCCUGGCCGGAAGUGAUCAUCAGCCUCAGUCUCAACUUGAGGAUAGUGGAACAGAAGAGAGUCCUAUAUAUAUUCUCACAUCAACUAAAGACGAUCGCAGCUAUAAACUCCGAGACUCCAGAAUAAUUGAAAUAGCCGGUGGUCGUGAAGUCUUUUCGCAGAGUCGUGCAAAAGUAGCAUCUCGAAAGUCACGCUAUCUUACAGCUUCGAAUUCAGUUCCAAACGAUGAAAUUUCAUCUGAAAAAUUAUCUGCAAAGAAGAACAACAAAUCUCCUAAUAGACAAAGUGUGUGGGAAUUAAGAAGUCGAUGCGGUGAAACUAAGAGACAUCGUAUGAAUCGAGAAGUGACCGAGACUGUCUUCUCAUCCGAAGUACAUUCUGUACGACGAAAUCCAGUGAAAUCAAUUCUUGAUUACGACUCACCAAAAAGUAAUCGCAUAAUUAAUUAUGACUCAAUAUUAAAUAGCAAUAAUAUAGAGUAUGGUGUACCAAAAAGUAUUACCGAUUUGGAUUAUGGACUAACGAAAAAUUGUAUAGACUAUCAAUCAAAUCAUACAACACCCGCUAGAAGUAUGGCAAUCGUUAGCGAUGGGGAAGUUGUUGUAUUUGAUGAUAUUGACGAUAAUUGGCAAGGACUACGAUUAGAUUUAGGAUCAACUAAUACAAGUCAAAUCAAUAAUACUAAUUCUGAUUUGGGCGUUGAUGAUACACACAGGGGACGAAUACCUCCAGAACCUCCUAGUUCUAGUGUUGGCAGUAGUCCAACGUUUCAUCAAAAUUCAACUGAAUUUUUCAAGGUUGUAACACCAGCAAGUGAUUGCGAAGCACAUUCACCUUCUCCUGAACGUAAUCACAAAGUUACCAGAGUAAUUGGUGAAUUACCCAUUGCACAAUAUUCCGAAAGUCCUCGACGUUAUGGAGUUCGUGAGAAUUCUCGAUUACCAACUUUAUUGUCAUCACCUUCUGUUUAUAUGACACCAAGACCAGGUUUCCCACAAAGAGUAUUACCAAACACGCCUAAUCAGAAAGAGAAAGAAGAUAAUUGCACUGAAAGUUUAAAUGUACAAGAAUCUGUGAUAGAGUCGACUGUUCUACAUUCUGAGGAUCAAAAUACAAAUUCUCUAACGCCUUUAAAUAAAACGGAAGUCGAGGACAAGGAUGAGGAUCCUUUGAAAACGUCUGUCUUACCAUCUGAAACAAUAAGCAGCCUUGUUUCACCUGGAGGCAGUACUUUUGAUUAUUUGUACGAAUUUUCUGAAACUCGAAAAGUUCUUGAGGAAUUUUUCAAGUGUCCACCUCCAUCGGAAGAAAAGGAAAACAAUACAGAUUCUUUUGCUUUUCAAGAUCUUGAGUAUGAACUCAGGAGACAAGGCGGUAGUUCCUACGUUGGUCAACGGUUAGCAAGUGGACUUCCAAACGAGGAAGUGUUGGUUCACGAAUCUCCGAAAAAGCAAAAAUCAGACUAUCCACAAACAACCAUCGAACAUGAAAGCAAUUUUCUGGAUUUAUCGAUGGGAACAGGGAGCAGUGAAGAUUUGGGAGAGACGGAAGUGGGAUUACAAGUUGGACAUUCUCGAAAUUUUACCCUCAGUCCAGAAACGACCGACUGCGAUAGCAAUUGUGGUGAUCUAGAUAGUGAAAUGUCCCUUAUGAUGAUGGACAAUGAAUUGUUGCCAGCAAGUGGAUUACUUGGAUCAGUUGGGGAUUUGGGAAAUAAUUCUGAUUCCCUGAGGAUAUAUACUAGUAUGCCAGUACUCGAGGAUGGCUUGUCCAGUGGACAUGCAAGCGAUACUGAUAAUAAUAAUCCAACUGUGAUGUUGAUGAAACGACAAAUCAAUGAAAUUGAAAAGGAAAUAAUCCAAAGAACACGAAACGAUAUGCUUGGCACUGAUAAUAAUGAUACAAUGGUGAAAGAUGUCAGUUUAAAUGUAACUAAAGAUAUUUUACAUACACUUAAAACCUCAUCACCGGAUUUAUUUGUUAAGAAAGAGAAUUCCUAUGACACUAGCGAAUUGCAAUUAGAUGGUUUAGAUCCAUUGGCAACUCCACCACCUCCGGCACCUCAGGGAAGGCAAAGUGUUAAUUUAGAAAUUGGAGGCGAGGUUGAAGCUGCCAUUAAAGACAUUAAAAUGGCUCUACAAAGAACAAAAAUCUUACCUGCUAAAUCACCAUCUGAGGAUCAUUUAGAAUCAAGUGUGAGUCCCAUUUGGAUUCCAAGAUAUAGUUUACUCGAUGGCAGACGGAGAGUCUGCACUGAAACAAAUAGCGAAGAUUCGGAAAUAAGAAGGGGUCUCGAGGAAAGAGAAUUAGAGGUCGGCGAAGAAGGCGUUGAUGAAGAAGAAGCCGAUACUGAUCUUGAAACGGAUCGACUACUUGGUCAACAAAGAACAGACGAUCAAGGAUUUUACGAUGACAAGGGGUGGAGGAAACCUAAGACUAGGACAAUGUUACCAUCAAUGAGUGCAAAAAUUGCAACUCCAAAGCAAACGCCACCUAAAACCUUAAGUGUCACUCCUUUAGAACCAAUUGCACAAUCCGAACCGUUGCCAUCAACUUCGGCCUCUAUAUCCCCACCUCCUGUAGUUACUGUCAUUCAAUCAUCUCCUUCGGAACGCGAAAUAUCUUCCCCUACACAACCUUCGUCGAGUCCACAGAAGACCCCGAUUAAAAAUUCUCCCUCACCUCCCCAGAGCCAUCAGGAAUCCAGCAGUAAGGUGAAAAAGGAUAAAGAAGGGAAGAAGAAGAGCAGAAACAAAGAAGCACUACUGAACGAUCCAUCAGUUCUAAUCGAGGGUGUACUUUUUCGAGCAAGAUAUCUUGGAUCUACACAAUUAGUUUGCGAAGGACAACCCACAAAAUCGACUCGUAUGUGUCAGGCCGAGGAAGCUGUUUCCAGGAUAAAGGCGCCAGAUGGAGAAACGCAACCAAGUACAGAAGUUGAUCUCUUCAUAUCAACGGAGAAGAUUAUGGUUUUGAAUACGGAUUUAAAAGAAAUUAUGAUGGAUCACGCCCUAAGGACAAUAUCUUAUAUUGCUGACAUUGGAGAUUUGGUUGUUCUAAUGGCUAGAAGACGAUUUGUACCACAUGAAAUGGAAGAAGCACCAAAAAUUAAUAGAACUCCAAAAAUGAUUUGCCAUGUUUUUGAAAGUGAAGAAGCUCAGUUUAUUGCACAAAGUAUUGGACAAGCGUUUCAAGUGGCGUAUAUGGAAUUUCUCAAGGCCAAUGGGAUUGAAGAUCAUAGUUUUGUCAAAGAAAUGGAUUAUCAAGAAGUGCUCAAUUCACAAGAAAUUUUUGGCGAUGAAUUACAAAUGUUUGCAAAAAAGGAAAUGCAAAAAGAAGUGGUUGUACCAAAGGCAAAAGGUGAAAUUUUAGGAGUAGUGAUAGUGGAAUCUGGUUGGGGUUCAAUGCUACCGACAGUGGUGAUUGCAAAUUUGGCACCAGCUGGUGCAGCCGCUCGCUGCGGGCAGCUAAACAUCGGCGAUCAAAUAAUUGCAAUCAAUGGGGUCUCGCUGGUCGGUUUGCCUCUAUCCACAUGUCAAACAUACAUAAAAAAUUCCAAGAACCAAACUGUCGUUAAAUUGACUGUCGUGCCGUGCGCGCCUGUUGUUGAAGUCAAAAUCAAGAGACCAGAUACAAAAUAUCAGUUAGGAUUUAGUGUACAAAAUGGAGUUAUAUGUAGUUUACUAAGAGGAGGUAUCGCUGAACGAGGAGGUGUUCGAGUUGGCCACAGGAUCAUUGAAAUUAAUAAUCAGAGCGUUGUUGCAGUGCCACACGAAAAGAUUGUCAAUCUUUUAGCAACCUCCGUCGGCGAGAUUUUAAUGAAGACAAUGCCCACAUCAAUGUUUAGGCUGUUAACUGGUCAGGAAUCUCCGGUGUACAUAUAAGCGUUUUUACCUGGCCAAAAAAAAAAAAAAAAAAACACGAUAGUGAACAGACAAUACAUCUGCCAUCCACUACCGUACUAUAUAUAACUUCAUUGUACAAGUUGUUCCACGUGAGUUGUUUUGUAUUUCAAUUUGGAACGCCCCAUGUCCCACUUAUUAACAUCAUCUCUUGCUUACAAUUGAAAUAGACUAUAUUGGUCUGGUCUAUUAGUCACUUCGAAACUAAAUAUAUUUAUUCACCGAUUAUUUAUUAAGUGACAAAAGUUAUAAAAAAAAAUUUAUCAAAAAUAAAUAAAAUGUGACAUCUUACACGGCAGCGAUAUAAAUAUUUUUUGUACUUGUGCUUCUAGUAUUUGAUGAAAUAAUAGUAACUUUUUUAUUUGCCUCUCAAUCAUGAUGCAUUCCAAAUUGUAAUUUACAUAUAUACUUAUUGUUAAAUGAAAUUUCUCAAGUCGAAGCUUUAUUGAAUAUACUAUUUUUUUUAUUUAUAAUAAAAAAAAAAUGUAUAAAGGCGCCCACUCCUUGAACAAAAUAGAGUGUUUUUAUGUAUCAAGUACAAGCACUAUGUUCACUACAAAUAACUGCCGUUAAGAGUCGCUUUAAGUUACUUGCGCCAAGGAAGAUGCAAUGCACAUGAUUAUAAAUAGCACAAAAGCUCUUUACUAACGUAUAGGGCAGAGCUGGAACUGUAAAGUAAAUUACAAUUUUCUUAUUAUUAUUAUCAUUAUAUAAUUGUAACUUUUUCUAAUCAUCUCCCUAAGUUUUUCACAGAUUUUUUUUUAAUACAUUCCUUUGUUUAAUUUUAUAUCUUUGAAGUAAGAUUAAAUUUCUGUGACGAUGUUUUAGAGUCAGAUGACAAAACAAUAAGAGCGAAAAUGAUUCUUCUUUCGCAAAUAUUGUUUUUUUUUUUUUUUUUAAAUCACGUCAAAAACAUUUGACAUGUACCGCAAUCAUCGGCGUUACCUAUAACAAAUUGUACCGAUCUUUAUUAAUUUUAAUUAAGCCUCUUAAUGGAAAAUCUAAUUGUCACGUACCGGACUGCAUGAUUGUCAACAAAAUUCUACUUUUUCUUAUUUUCAAAUUUAACUAAAUUUCCAAUAAAUUUUCUUUGAAAAUUCAGUAUGUAAUUUUGUUUUUUCGGAAAGUUAAAUUUAAAAAAAAAAAAAAACAAUAAAUUUUUAAUCGAUUCUUUAUAAAUUUAGAUAAAUUGAAAAUAAGAAAAAGAAAAAUAUGUCGGGAAAGCGUGCGCCCAUUACGUAUCUAGAAGAGUGCAGAUUUUUUUCUUUUUGAAAACAAUUUUCAGAAUGCUCUUCUAAAUAUUUGUAAAUACUUGCAAUCUUCUACCAAUACAAUUAUAAUUUUCAUAUAUUUUUAAUGGAAACAUUCAAAUUCUAAGCUAUUCUGCUUUGAAUAUCAACAAGUAUGCAAACGGUGCGGAUAGUAAGAUCCUAGAUUUGUUGAUAAAAUUUCAAUGCCAAAGUACAUGAUGACAAAAUAAAAAAAAAAAAAAAAAAAAAAAAGACGCAUAAUGAGUCAUCUUCAACAUAACUUUUUUCACUUUCACUAGGACAUAAGAUUUUUAAGGCCUGAAAAUGUAAAUUAAGCUUCAUAUUGCAAUGGUGAUCCAAAAAAAAAUUAAAAAAUGGUAAACAGACUAUCACGUCGGCUUAUUCGAAAUAAAAUCAAAAUUUAAAUCAUCGAUGUUUUUUUAGAAUCUAAAACUAAACUUUAUUAAAAUAUAUUAUUUCUAGCAGACGUGUAGUGCCUUUAUAUACUUGAAAAUUGGAUCUCUGCAUAUAUUUCUCACGCUUUUAUAUGUGUAAACAAUAUUCUCAUUCUAAAAAAUGUCAUACACAAUACAUAAAACAAAUUUCAAUAUAAUUCAAAAUUUCAUUUUAUCGAUUUUAAAGCAUAUACUCAAGCGCAAAUUCAGUUUUCAACAUUUUAAAUAAAUUUUUUUAUCCAAAGUGUCAUAUUAUUUUUAAAUUAUAAUAAUUGAUUUGCUUCAAUUUUGAGAAACUGAAAAAUUAUAGAGAAAGAAAUAGAAGCAAAAAAAUUGAUUGUACGUGAUGUAAAUCCAUUUUGAAAGUAGUUGAACUAUUCUGUGAUUGUUUCAACUUUCAAUGUGACUCAUAUAUUAUAGUUAAUAUAAGUAAAUUCAUUUUUUUUUAUUUCAAUAAUAGGAAAUAAAAAGUUCAAAAGAUUUUUUUUUUACUAAUUAGUUAUAAAAAUUAUUUCACUAAGAAAUGUACCAAAUAUUUUUAUCAAAAUCUUCAUCAUCAAUAUUUUUUCUCGUUUCUUUUCCAAAAUUUAUAAAAAAAAAAAAUAACUUUAAUUCUAGGAAAUAAUUAAGAAGGCUAGUAUCUGAAGAACUCAUCAAAUUUUAUUUGAAUGAUUUCGAUUUUAUCAUUUUUUAUUAUUGUAAAUUUUUAUAUUAAAUUUAAUUUAUUUUUAAUUAGUUGAAAAUUUAACGAAUUUCAAGUAUUAUUUUCUAAAUAAAAGAAAUUGAUUAUAAUUUUUAAUUUAUUAUACCAUUUUCUUUACUUCUUGUAUAAUCUUCGAAUACAAUUUGAGAGUUUCAUUGUUUCAGAUGAAAAGGAACAAUGUAAAAGAAAAAAAAAAAAAAAAAACAUAUUGCAUAUCACAUGAAUAUAGAAUUUAAAAAAGAAGUUUACUGCACACACAUCCUGUGUACAUACGAAAGGAUUAAUAAAAUGAAAAAAAUCAAUUGUACAUUAUCUAUCUAGACUAGUACAUGAACUGAGAAAUGAUUAAGUGAUAUUGGAUAAUAGGCUCAAAAGAAAAAAAAAGUAAAAUAAAAAAUUAGUCAACUAUACGUAAUAAUUAAUGAACUUUGGCAUGGGAAAUUUAUCCAUAAAAAUAUACAUAAUAUAUUCGAUGAACAUUGGAAUGUAAUAAGUAAAAUAUAUGGGAUCAAACAAGAUGUAUAGUUGGGUGGCUAAAACUUAUCUAGUCACUAUGCUAAGAAUGAAAUAAUAUAUAUUAUAAAUAACAAAGUACAUACUCAGCCAUCGCAAGCCACUCCGACUGAAAAUGUUUAACCCUAUUUUAACAAAAAAUGAGGCCGCAAAUGCGAAAAUCUAUCGGUUUAAUAAUCUUACGUCAUCUCUUCUAAAUCUGUAUUAAUAUUUAAAAAAAAAAAAAAGAAUAUGCUCUCUAAAUCUGAAUCAAUGAUACUAUCACUAAUUUUAAUCAGCGUAUACACUGAUUGCAAUUAGUCAUAAUAACUCUAAAUAGAUUCAGAAUUAAAGAGUGUAUAUGUCAUAUUUUGUAUUUUAAAUAGCUUCGAAAAAACAUAUAAAAAGCAAAAUUUUGCCUUGAAAAACAUUUUUAUUCUCUAUAUAAAAAAAAAAAGAAAAAACUUUUUCUGUAAAAAAAUACUUCUAAUGAAGUAUUCUACAAUGAAGUUCUAAAUACUUCAUUAUAACAUGAAUAUUGCAACAAUAUUUUAAUUAACAAUCAUUUUUUUAUUUUAUACACAAAAAAAUUCAAAUAUGAAAGACAUUUUUUCAUCAAUAUAUUAUUCAUCUGAUUUUAUAUUUAUAUUUGCAAAGUUUUUACUAUAAAGUUUUGUAUACAUUUUAAUAUGCGAUACAAUCGAAUAUCACUUUUUGAAAUUUUUUUUUCCAAAUGAGAGAAGUCAAAAAAACUAAAAUUCAUCAGAAUUUCUUAUAUAUGCAAGUUUUUUUUGUUAUUGUUUUCAUUAAAAAUCAGUUUUGCAGAAAAAAUUAAUUAAUUGUACAAUUAAGUAAAAAAAAAAGAAGAGAAAAAAACCUUAUACAUAAAUAAUAGAGCUUGCGCUGUAGCUUCAAAAAAAAAAAAAAAAAAAAAAAAAUUCAUGGUGUGUUACCAUGAUUGUCUUUAUCAAUGUUAUAAGUUACGAUAAUAACUAAGCGAGCUAUUGAAUGUGUACUAGUCCAUAAAAAAAAAACAAUAAACUGUAAUUUUGAACUCAUAUUAAUUAUUUGUAUAUAACAUCGCUUCAAAAAUGAAGAGACGUAAUUAUUCCCAUUCCUAUUAAGAUAUUUUGAGUUGCUUUGUAAACAUCUGAUUUAAAAAAAAAAAAAAAUGAAGGAAAAAUUCACCUGCGACAUAUGCAAUAAGUAAUUUUAUGUCAACACGAGAGAAAUAUACACAAAGGUAAUUUCAAUUUCUUUAUUAUCAAUUUCCCAUUUUAUAUAUAUAAUCUUAAUAACUUUCAUUCCAUCCAACCUAAAGUUAUUUUUUCUGAUUUUAAUUAUAGAGAAUUACAUAUUUUAAUAAAUUGUUGAUAAUAUAUGAGACAGCUUAUAGUUAGUUAAAAUAGAAUUUCAAUUGAAUGUUAAAAUAACCUUUGUUAUUAUUAUAAAAAUAAAAAAAAAAAAAAAAAAAUUAAUAACAAAUCGAACGCAUUAACUAUGCGUUAAAAAAUUAUCCACAUUUACUAUAUUCAAACUGAAUAACAUAAAAAUAAUACAACUGAAGAGCACAAAAAAAAUGUUUUAACUAAAAAAAGAUUGCUGUGAAAGGUACUUAAAUUAUAAUUUUAUUAGAAAUAGAAGAAUAAAAAAAAAAAAAAAAAGCAUGGAGUUUCGACGGAGGAUUAAAAGAACAAUGACUUUGUCCAUAAGUAAGUAAGGUGCCUAGAUUCCCAAUUUAUAUCAAAUAAAUUUAAAUUAUGACCAUUUUAUAUUAAAGCGGUGUUAUUGCUCCAAACUUCUAAACAAUUCACGUUAAUACUUUUUUUUAAAUUAGCAUUUAUUAAAUGUACAUAUAUUCGAGUUCUUAUUUAAUUGGAAUUACGUCCAGCAUUCCAUUUAAAAAUUAAAAACUUUCUUAACGAAACAGUUGCUCUAGUUUCGCAUAAAUUGAUAUUACAGUUGUUUUUUUUUUCUUCAACUUAUAUAAUGAUAAUAAAGUGAUAAUAAUAAUAAUAAUAAUAAUAAUAAUAAAAUUCCUACAUUUAAUAAAUUAUCAACUUGUUCGACGUCUGAUGCACCACACCAAUUAAGUUUUUAAAAACUUGUUAAAAGUUCUUUGCACAUUUAAUUGGAAGUGAAAUUAAUAAAUGCAGUUAAACUGUGAAUGUAUAUGAUUAACACGUUAUCAAUGUAUUUUCAUUUUUUUUUUUUUAUUUUUUUUAUU